AUGGGGAAACUCGACGAUGAAGGGAUCCCCGAGGCUGUACCGCUAACUCGACAGCGGUCGGCCUCUGCGGCGUCGCAAACCACCUCCGACUCGGGUCUGUCCGUCGCUUCCGCGGCUUUCCUCGACGCUUACAAGAGCGAAUUCGCGACCGGGGCAGAUGGCCAAGGGGAGGAACAACGAUACCGGGAUAUUGAAGAUGGGGCAGAACCCGGACAGGACGAGCCUUUUCUUCCUUCUCGAAAGAAGAACUCCCCGCCGGGACGUCGCUGGUGGUUGUUCUGCGUGCUUGCAUGCGGGAUCAUGGCCAGCGGCUGGGUCGUUGCAUUUGUCUUCUUCCUCGUACAAGGACGGUCCAACGUAGGGUCGAAUGUCACUACCUCGGCUGUUGAGGUGCAUGAGCCGGACUCUGCAACGGGUGGUACUAGCUAUGGAAAGCCAGUGACACUCCAACAGGUGUUGACUGGAUAUUGGCUGCCGCAGUCGCAUGCGAUCGCAUGGACUGCCGGGCCCCAUGGCGAAGAUGGACUUUUGAUUGAGGAGGGUGAGCACGGCGACGGAUACCUGCGCAUUGAAGAUAUUCGCAACCGCAAGGAGGGAGCCAGUGGCUCUGCUGCCAAAGUACUGAUGCAAAAGUCACACUUCUGGGUGGGCAGCACUUUUGUCAUGGCGUCUAAGAUCUGGGUGAGCCCCAAUCACGAGAAGGUCUUGGUCCUGUCCAAUUAUGCGUCGAAUUGGCGGCAUUCCUACUAUGGGAAUUACUGGAUCUUUGACGUCGCUACCCAGACGGGCGAGGCGCUGGACCCCGAGAACCAGACUGGUCGCAUCCAGUUGGCCUGGUGGUCGCCCGAGUCCGACGCGGUUGUAUUCGUGUGGGAGAACAAUGUUUAUCUGCGCAAGCUGUCCUCUCCCAAGGUGAUCCCCGUCACCACGGAUGGCGGCAAAGACGUGUUCAACGGUGUCCCAGAUUGGGUGUAUGAAGAAGAGGUUUUGGCAGGCAACAGUGCCACCUGGUGGUCGUUAGAUGGCAAGUUCCUCGCAAUGUUGCGGACCAACGAGACCGACGUGCCUGAGUAUCCUGUUCAGUACUUCCUUCACCGUCCUUCAGGUACCAAAGCUGCGGCCGGGCUGGAAAACUAUCCGGAGGUCCGACUGAUCAAAUAUCCCAAAGCCGAUACCCCCAACCCGAUUGUCAACCUGCGGUUCUAUGAUGUGGCAAAAGACGAGCUAUUCUCCAUCGUGAUGCCGCAGGAUUUUGCGGAUGACGAUCGAAUCAUAAUUGAAGUCGUCUGGGCGCCCGACGGCAAGGUACUGAUCCGGGAGUCCAACCGUGAAAGUGAUGUCGUCAAGAUCUUCUUGGUCGAUGCAAAGUCUCGAACUGCGAAACUUGUUCGCUCUGAUAACAUUGCUGCCCUGGACGGUGGCUGGGUCGAGCCUACUCAGUCGACGUGGAUCAUCCCGGCCGAUCCAAGCAAUGGCCGACCGGAGGCUGGAUACAUCGAUACUGUGAUCUAUGAAGGUUACGAUCAUCUGGCAUACUUUUCGCCCUUGGAUAGCUCAGAACCUGUGAUGCUCACUACGGGAGAAUGGGAAGUGGUCUCGGCACCCACCUCGGUUGACUUGGAGAAGAACCUGGUCUAUUUCGUUGCUACAAAGGAGGCACCGACUCAGCGUCAUGUGUACCAGGUCAAGCUUGAUGGGUCUGACCUUCGCCCAUUGACCGACAUUUCGAAGCCUGGUUACUACGAUGUCUCCUUCUCGGACGGCGCCGGAUACGCGCUCCUUAGCUAUAAAGGACCUGCCGUUCCCUGGCAAGCUGUGGUCAGCACACAAGACAACGCUAUGAAAAAGGAGGUUGUUCUCGAAGAAAAUAAACAGCUUGCCAAGAAGGUCGAGGAAUUCGCGCUCCCAGCGGAAGUCUACAGCACCGUGACCAUUGACGGUUUCGAACUCCAAGUGGUUGAACGCCGGCCUCCACACUUCAACCCCAAGAAGACGUACCCAGUGCUCUUCUUUCUGUAUGGCGGGCCCGGCUCCCAAACAGUCGACCGCAAAUUCCAAGUCGACUUCCAAUCCUAUGUUGCCUCUAGCCUGGGAUAUAUUGUGGUCACAGUGGACGGUCGAGGGACAGGCUUCAUUGGUCGAAAGGCUCGGUGCAUCGUUCGUGACAACUUGGGUCACUACGAAGCGCACGAUCAAAUCGAGACUGCCAAGAUUUGGGCCAAGAAGCCCUACGUAGAUGAAGCUCGGAUGGCUAUUUGGGGCUGGAGCUAUGGAGGUUUCAUGACCCUGAAGGUCCUUGAACAGGACGCGGGCGAAACAUUUCAAUAUGGUAUGGCUGUAGCACCUGUGACAGACUGGAGGUUCUAUGACUCCAUCUACACUGAACGUUACAUGCACAUGCCCCGAAAUAAUCCCUCGGGCUAUGACAACGCGUCAAUCAGUGAUGUCAAAGCAAUGGGCAAAAAUACUCGAUUCCUAAUCAUGCAUGGUGUCGCGGAUGACAAUGUUCACUACCAAAACACGCUCACAUUGAUUGACAAGCUCGACUUGCAAAACAUUGACAACUGGGACCUGAUGAUGUACCCAGACUCGGACCACAGCAUCUAUUUCCACAAUGCACACAUUGUUGUGUAUGAACGUCUGUCGAGCUGGCUCAUCAAUGCAUUCAACGGCGAAUGGCACCGCAUUAUAAACCCGACGCCGGUGGAUUCGUGGAAGACGGUCAAGCGCUUUUUGGGCAAGAGACUGUCCUUUGGAUCAUGA